AUGUCAGCGGAUUUUUGGAACUCAUCUCAGAGAACGAAAUGGCAAUUCAGUAAAGUUUCGUUGCUUGAAGCAAGAAGGCGAGUCCUGUUACUUGAGAAGAAAAUGAUUCAAAAUGGACUCAUUAAAGACUACCCAAAUAUAGUUUAUGACUACAGCAUGAGAAUAUAUCUCCAUAAUCUACUUGUCAAAUUUGGACGAAGGUUGAAUAUCAGACAAAUCGCAUUAGCUUCGGCAGAGAUAUAUAUGAGUAGAUUUUUAACUCGAGUCCUGUUGAAAGAGAUAAACAUCUACUUGCUAGUUGCUUCCUGUCUUUACAUUGCAUGUAAAAUCGAAGAGUGCCCUCAACAUAUACGACUCAUAGUGUCAGAAGCAAGAAAUCUAUGGCCGGAGUAUAUCCCACAUGACGUGACAAAGUUAGCAGAGUUUGAAUUCUAUCUUAUCGAAGAGAUGGACCUGUUUCUAAUAUUGCACCAUCCUUACAGAUCGUUACUACAAAUCAGGGAUUUUUUACUUGAUAAUCAAUCUACUUACGGGUUUACGUUAUCAGAAGAUGAGCUUCAAAAUUCGUGGUCUUUCAUAAAUGAUAGCUACAUCACUGAUCUCCAUCUUAUAUUCCCUCCUCAUAUAAUUGCCGUCGCUGCAAUUUAUAUUACUAUCGUGCUAAAAAAGAGUCUCGCUUCUAUUAGCAGCAAGGAGAAUGGCGCAUUGGUCUCCGAUAUAUUGUCCAUCGACGAUAAUGGUUCUGACAGUAUGUCUCGAAGACACUCGUCAACGACAAUGCAUAUGGAUGAUCUUAUGGCGUUGGAAGCAAAUCCCACUGCAAAUAAUGGCCUUUUCAAUGACAAACAGUCGAAUUCUUUGGGAACGGUCGAUCAAAAGCUCAAUGAUAAUGCAACUAAAGUCACAAACUUCAUGAAUUUUCUCGAUCAUUCCCAUGUUAAUUUAGAUGAGGUGGUAGAAGCUGUUCAAGAUCUUGUAUCUCUAUAUGUUGCCUGGAGUCGCUACAAUGAAAACUCUGUGAAAAAGGCUUUACAAAACAUGUUAUUAAAUAGGCUGUAA